UUGGCCACCUUAUCCACGCACCAUCCUCGUCACCACACUUUUGCAAAAUGCGCGGCAUGCCAUGCGCCCAUGCCAGCCUCAGCAAGCAACAAUGUCGCAGCGAAUUCUCAACAGCGCCAAGCAGACGCCGGCAACGACGCAGCGGCACCACCCUUCGCCGCCACAGCCGCCGCCUAAGCUCGGCCGCCGCGCCGCCGCCGCGGCCAUCGCCAUCGCGGCCGCGCCGGCGCUCCUGCUGAGCAUCUCGCCGGCGUCGUCCAAGGCGCAGGAAGCCGAAGCCGCUCCCGCUCCCGCGCCUUCGUGCCUCGCGGAGCUUCCCGUCACCGCGAAGGCCUUCCUGGACGUGUCCAUCGGCGGCGAGCCCGCGGGGCGCAUCACGGUGGGGCUGUUCGGGGACGCGGCCCCGGCGGGCGCGUCCCGGUUCCUGUCCCUGGUGACGGGCGUCGGGUACCGGCGCAAGGAGUUCGUGAAGAUCGUGCCGGGCUACGUCCAGCACAGCGGCGUGGUGUCGUACCCGGCCAUCCCCGCGGUGACGGACCGGCUGGCGGCCGAGGCGGAGGCGGUGCGCGCGCGGUGCGGGGCCGUGCACGCGGCGGCCGGCGCGGUGUCGAUCGUCGUGCGGGACCCGAGCCUGCCGCCGCCGAAGCCGAAGCUGGUGGCCAGGGGCGGGAAGCUGGAGGUGGAGGAGGAGCAGGCCGGCGUGGUGCCUAACGGCACCGAGUUCGUGGUCACCACCGAGGCGGCCCCCGAGCUGGACGCGUCGGCGGUGCUGGUCGGUAGGGUGCUGGAUGGCAUGGACGUCGUUGCCAAGAUCGCCGCCGUGCCCACCGUCAGGGACAACACCGCCUCGCCAUACUUCAGAGUGGCCAAGCUGAUCGGCGACAAGAGAGCAGUUGUUGCAGAGCGAGGCUUCAACCGCCCGUACACCAAGAUCUUAGUCACCAACUGUGGUGUGCUCAGUUGAGAGUCGGCAGUAGUAGAGUGCUCCGUCUGAACUCUAAAGGAAGAAUUUUGAAGGAUUUGAUCGUGAUUUUGAUACUUUUUUCCCUUUUUGGUAGAGAGUGAUUUGCCUGGGGCACGAACGUACUUGCGGGUGCAUGAAUUCAUUUCUCAAAAGUGAUCGAUAUCGAUAUAUAAAAGCUCCAAGCGCUUUUUAUACA